CUGUGCCCUCGGCGUUUGAAAAUUGAAAGCGAUUCUCUUUCCCCGCAACCCCUCCUCCUCCCGGCUUCAGAGAUGACAGAAGAAUCAAUGGAGAUUGCGCAGUUCGAGCAAGAGCAUGUAGACGAUGCGAACUUUUCGAUUCCUCGGGGUGGUCCUCGCUACAUUCCGAACAUGGUAGGCCCUCUUACCAGGGUUGCUGACUUCGAGGCCUCUGCUGCCCGCCAACUUCAGGAGUUAGAGUACGAGUUGUUGCCAGAUUCUUUCAGUGAUGAGGAUAUAUCUGUUGAUGAGCUUAGAGUUUUCACAGAUGAUGAGUUGGUCGAUAUGGCUUUGAAGGAAGAUUUUCAAGAUGCUGAGAAUACUGAGAAAUCUUUGCAAGUCUGGGAGGGGAACUCUGUCGCCGGAAAAAAUGGUACAUCUGCCAAUAAAGAUGCAUGUUCUGAUUCCUCUCAAAGAGGAGGGAAGACUUCUGCUUCAUUAGAAUCCACAUAUGGAUCUCAGACCGACACCAUUGUCAAUGUAGCUGCAGAUAAUACCAAAUCAAGAAGGAAGAAAAGAAGAGGGAAUAAGCGUGCUCUGGAGGAUAGUUAUAUUGAAAAGGUGGAGGAACUUGCAAAAAUCAAACAAAAGCAAGAUGAAGACAAAGCAGCAGCUAGGCUUCAUUGUUUCAUCCCUAGCUGCAAGGUCAACGAAUCUUCCGUUGCAUCAUCAGAGAGAAUUAAAAGGAUGCAAUCACUCAGGUCCAUAAACUCUGAAAGAAAGAUGAAGGCAUCAAAUAUUCAGGAGCAUAUACGUGUGUUAUAUCCGGAAGUUAUACUUUGCAUUGAAGUUUAUCAUGCUAUAAAAAAAUGGUCGAAGACCCAGGAGUUCUUGGUCCUAGGGCGACAAACCCUGUCUGAACUAAGGGAUAAGAUUAAUUGUUUGACAGACUGUGUGAUGCAAAAGGCGGAGCAGCCUGAUCCUUCCGGAUAUUUCCUCAUAGAAGAUGUAUUCUACAAUGAUUUAAGAGAUCCCUCUGCCAUAGAUUAUAGUGAACCUAUAUUUGAUUGGCUUGAGAACUCGAGGCAUGAAGCUCUUAGAAAAUGGGACUGCAUUAUAAGUGGUGAUUUACAAAAGAAGCAAAAAGCAAUUGUAGGUGAGGUGAAAUCAUCAGAUUUGCCUCAUUUCAAGUCCUUUGCAAUGCAGAAGUCGCGGUUUUAUGACUUGAGGUUUCGACUUGGUGCUGGAUAUCUGUACUGUCAUCAGGGAGACUGUAAGCAUACUAUAAUAAUCAGGGACAUGAGGUUGAUUCAUCCCCAGGACGUGCAGAACCGGGCAGCUUAUCCAAUUAUCAUCUUUCAAAUGAAGAUACGUGCCCGAAAAUGCGAUGUUUGCAAUAUCUAUAGAGCUACUAAGGUUACUGUAGAUGACAAGUGGGCAGGGGCGAACCCUUGUUAUUUCUGUGACGAUUGCUAUUUCCUGCUUCACCACAACAAAGAUGGCAGCCUCUUGUACAGUGACUUCCUAGUGUAUGAAUAUAUGCAUGAUUAAUUGCUUUGGGGUAAUACAUCAGUCGUAAUCCUUUUGAA